AUGUCUGAUGCGAGAAAAAGUGUGCUAGUUACGGGCUGCAGUCCUGGAGGCAUCGGGCACUCUAUCGCAAAAGAGUUUCAUAAUCACGGCCUCCGUGUGUUCGCGACUGCGCGCUCCACCUCCACUAUCGCGGACCUCGAGGCGCUUGGCAUCACGACUCUGGCCCUUGAGGUCGACAAGCCGGACAGCAUCAAGAAUUCCAAAGCCCGAAUUGCUGAGCUGACAGACGGGAAGCUCGACUUUCUGGUCAACAAUGCUGGCCGGAACUAUACCGUCCCAGCCCUCGACGUCGACUUUGAUGAAGUUCGUCAGACCUUCGAAGUCAACGUCUUCGCCGUGAUGCGCAUGUGUCAAGAAUUUGCUCCACUUUUGAUCGAGGCAAAGGGAUGUAUUGUGCAGAUUGGGAGCUUGGCGGGGGUGAUGCCUUACGUUUUUGGAAGUGUGUACAAUGCCUCGAAAGCAGCGCUACAUGCUUACAGCAAUACGCUGCGGGUUGAGCUCGCGCCGUUUGGCGUCAGGGUCGUUACGAUCGUGACGGGCGGUGUGCAGUCGAACAUCGCGAGGACGGAAAGAGAGUUGCCUGAGGGGUCGUUGUAUAUCCCGCUCAAUGCAGAGUAUCAGCGGAGACUUAAACAUAGCCAAGAAGGCGCUAUGCCGAAUGAAGCGUACGCGCGCUCGGUGGUUAGUAAAGUACUGCAAAAAAGUCCACCGAAGUGGGUGUGGGAAGGAAACAAGAGCUGGCUUAUUUGGUUCGUGGACAGCUUCCUGCCGAAGGGAAUCAUGGAUCUCGUUUUCUGGCGGAUGUUCCAUCUCUGGAAAUUAGUGGAGCCGUCAGAAGCAAAGAAGGAACUUUGA